CCGCCCUGUGGGGCUGAGGCGCGCGAGUGAGGCCGGAGAGUUUCCCCAGCCAUGCUGGCCCUGGCGCUGCUGCUGCCCCUGGCCCUGGCCGGGACCCCCGAGGUGACGGUGCCGCGACCCCGGGGGGUGGCCCUGAGCCAGCUGCCGUUCUACGACCCCUCGGGGCCGUUCCGCUGCCUGGACGGCUCCGGCCCCGUCGCCUUCAGCUGGGUCAACGACGAUUACUGCGACUGCCAGGAUGGGUCUGACGAGCCUGGGACCCCCGCGUGCCCCAACGGGCGAUUCCACUGCGCCAGCGCCGGGCACCGGCCCCGCAGCAUCCCCGCGGCCCACGUCAACGACGGCGUCUGCGAUUGCUGCGAUGGCAACGACGAGUGGGGGAGCGGGGCCGGCUGUGAGAACACCUGCAGGGAGAAGGGCCGCAAGGAGCGCGAGGAGCCGCUCCGGAGAAGGGCCGCAAGGAGCGCGAGGAGCGGCCCCGCUCGGGAUAAAGGAGAAGGGCCGCAGGAGCGCGAGGAGCGGCUCCGCUCGGCCGCCCUGGCCAGGGAAGGUUUCGCGCUCCGGCAGCGCCUGGUGCAGGAGGCGGCCGAGGGAAAACGGGAAAAACAGGCGCGGCUGCAGGCGCUGCAGGAGGCGCGGCAGGCGCUGCAGGAGCGAGCUGGUUCUCUCCGCGCGGCCAAGGAGGCGGCCGAGGGCCCCGAGCAGGCGGCCAGGGGGGAGCACCAGCGCAAGCUGACGCUGGCCGAGCUCCGAGCCCGACCUGAGCUGGACGGGGCUGAGAUUGAGGAGGAGGAGCCCGAGGAGGAGGAGGAGGAAGAGGAGGAGGACGAAGGCCCUGAGCAGGUGGUCCCGGUGCCCCCCCAGGAGGGGGAGGGGGAGGGGGAGGAGCCCCCCCAGGAGGAGCCGCCCUUCGACCCCGAGACCCAGGCCCUGAUCGACGCCGCCCAACGCGUUCGGGACGAUUUGGCCGCGGCCGAGCGGGAGCUGAAGGAGGCCGAGGAGGGGAUCAGGGCCCUGGAGCUGGAGCUGGGGUUGGAUUUCGGGCCCGAGGGGGAAUUCUCCUACCUGUACAGCCAGUGCUGGGAGCUGGGCACCAGCGAGUACCUGUACCGGCUCUGCCCCUUCCAGCGCGUGACCCAGAGACCCAAAAACGGCGGCGCCGAGACCAGCCUGGGGCUCUGGGGCUCCUGGGCGGGGCCCGAAGGCGCCAAAUUCGGGGCCCAGAAAUACGAGGGGGGCACGGGCUGCUGGCAGGGCCCCGCCCGCGCCACCACGGUGCGCCUCAGGUGCGGCCCCUCCACGGCGCUGACGGCGGCGUCGGAGCCGAGUCGCUGCGAGUACCUGCUGGAGCUGGAGACGCCCGCGGCCUGCAGGGAACCCCCGGCGCUGCACGAGGAGCACGACGAGCUCUGAGACCCAAAAUGUCCCAAAUUCACCCCAAAAAUAUCCCCGAAAAUAUCCCAAAAAUAUCCUUGAAAUGUCAUCAAAAUAUCUCCAAAAUUAUCCCAAAAAUAUCCUGAAUUUAUCUCCAAAAAUCCCCCCAACCCUGCAGGGAGCUACCUGUGCUGCGUAAGGAGCACGAUGAGCUCUGAGACCCAAAAUGUCCCAGAUUCACCCCAAAAAUAUCCCUGAAAAUAUCCCAAAAUAUCCCUGAAAUUAUCCCAAAAAUAUCCCAAAAAUAUCCUGAAAUUAUCCCAAAAAAUCCCCCCAACCCUGCAGGGAGCUACCUGUGCUGCGUGAGGAGCACGAUGAGCUCUGAGAGACCCAAAAUCCUCUGAAAUCACCCCAAAAAUAACCCAAAAUUAUCCCCAAAGUAUCCUGAAAUUAUCACAGAAAUUAUCCCAAAAAUAUCCUGAAAUUAUCCCAAAAAUUAUCCCAAAAUUAUCCCAAAAAUAUCCUGAAAUUAUCCCAAAAAUUAUCCCAAAAUUAUCCCCAGAAUAUCCUGAAUUUAUCCCCAAAUAUCCCCCUAAACCUGCAGGGAACCACCGGCCCUGCACGAGGAGCACAACGAGCUCUGAGACCCGAAAUGUCCCAAAUUCACCCCAAAAUAUCCCUGAAAACCCCCCCAAAAUACCCCCCCAAAAGCAGCCCAAAAAUACUUCCAAAACUCUCUGAAAAUCCUCCCCAAAAAUGCCCAGAAAUAU